AAACGUUAACAUAUGCGGUCGUCAUGACUCUGUGCGUUGUAAUCUUUUUGUGGCAAAAUUUACGUCGCGGGUGAAUUUCUACCGGCAUAAAUACUUGUAAACAACUUACAAUAUAAACAAAAUCCCGCAAAAGUAAAACUGCAGGCGCACAAAUAACGCAGCAUAUCAAUUAGUCUAAUUAAAAGCUCCCUAACAUAUCGAAUUAUGGAGCUGUUACAAUUAAUCUGCUACACUUUUAUUUUUCUGCUUUCAAGGAUGCUAGUUCUGCAUGCAGUGAGCUGGGAAGAGUGGUGGACCUAUGAUGGCAUAUCAGGUCCAGCAUUUUGGGGCCUCAUUAAUCCAGAGUGGUCGCUCUGCAACAAAGGACGUCGCCAGUCACCGGUGAAUCUGGAGCCGCAACGGUUGCUCUUCGAUCCGAACCUGCGUCCCAUGCACAUUGACAAACACAGGAUAAGCGGCAUCAUCAGCAAUACGGGGCACAGUGUUAUCUUCACGGCUGGCAAUGAUACGGUGGCCAAUUACGAUGGCAUGCAGACACCUGUGAAUAUAUCGGGUGGCCCUUUGUCGUACCGUUAUCGAUUCCGUGAGAUACACAUCCACUAUGGACUCAAUGAUCAAUUUGGCUCAGAGCACAGCGUCGAGGGCUACACAUUCCCAGCUGAGAUACAAAUAUUCGGAUAUAAUUCACAGUUAUAUGCAAACUUCUCCGAUGCCUUGAAUCGUGCCCAGGGCAUCGUUGGCAUCUCCAUAUUGUUGCAGUUGGGCGAUCUUUCCAAUCCGGAGCUGCGUAUGCUUACCGAUCAAUUGGAUCGCAUACGUUAUGGCGGCGAUGAGGCAUUCGUCAAACGUCUCUCGAUUCGCGGACUUCUCCCCGAUACGGACCAUUACAUGACCUACGAUGGCUCAACAACGGCGCCGGCUUGCCACGAAACUGUCACCUGGGUGGUCCUCAACAAACCAAUCUACAUAACAAAGCAACAGUUGCAUGCUCUGCGUCGAUUAAUGCAGGGAAGUCCCGACCAUCCAAAAGCACCAUUAGGGAACAACUAUCGACCACCACAGCCGCUUCUGCAUCGACCGAUUCGAACAAACAUUGACUUCAAAGCGACGAAAACAAAUGGCAAAACUGCCUGUCCCACCAUGUACCGUGAGGUCUAUUAUAAAGCGACCAGUUGGAAACAAAACUAGAGAUCAAUGACAAACCGUGCAAUAAAUAAUACGAGACGUGAGUAGAGCGUGUGGCGUGCAACAGGAGCUUCCACUAACCUUAUAUACAGUUAUAUUGACAAUGAUCGAAAUUGUUGCAGAAAUAGCAAAACGAAAAAAGACCCAGAAAUGGCGAAAAGUGGCGCAGCAUAGCAAAAAUGGAAAAUGAAAUAAGAAAAUAUAGCUAUACCCAGGCAUAUGGAAAACAAAUACUCUACUAAUAAACUAGCAUUAAAUGUGAAUAA